AUGGCGGUGCUAAUGCUUUUUACAGAGGUUUUGGCCCUUCCAAUUGUUCGUAUGCUGGACUGUGCAGCAGUGGAUGUUGCCGCUCCCUACUGGACAGCUUUGGGGAUAAUCAGCUCAGAGUGUUUGAGCCCAGAAUUUCCAUGGUGGGAUGGGCCAUCUGGUACAGGCAGAAAGGCAGAAACUUUCCAGAUGGCUUCAGCUAAUGACCAGGUUUCGAUCUCAUUGUCAGAAGAAAACACCAAUGACCUCCCAGGGAUGACCUCCAGUGACAUGAAGACAGUUCCCAAAGAGGCAGUGUUAAGUUUUCGUAUCAUCAGCUACCGAGUAAAAGAGAAGAUUGGCUUUCUCCAUGGUUGGAAAACAGUUGAGACAGAAGUGCUAUCAAAUAUCAAUGGGAUAAUGAAGCCUGGCCUCAAUGCUAUCAUGGGACCCCCAGGUGGAGGCAAAUCUUUGUUGUUAGAUGUCUUAGCUGCAAGGAAAGAUCCACAUGGAUUGUCUGGAGAUGUCUUGUUAAAUGGGGCACCUCGACCUGCCAAUUUCAAAUGUAUUUCAGGUUAUGUGGAACAGGAUGAUGUUGUGAUGGACAACCUGACAGUGAGAGAAAAUUUACAGUUCUCAGCAGCUCUUCGGCUUCCAACAACAAUGAGGAAUGAUGAAAAAAAUGAACGAAUUAACACAAUCAUUAAAGAGUUAGGUCUGGAUGCAGUGGCAGAUUUCAAG